AUGUCAUCUUAUAAUACCUAUGGAUAUCGACAGGGCGGUCGAGGCGGUACUGGCUAUCGUGGCAGAAAUUACGACAACGGUAACUAUCAGCCGCGUUAUAAUGCAUCUACACUCACUGAUAAAGAAGAAGAAACCAUCAAUCGAAAUUUUGGUGACUUGUUCAAAAAGGACUAUCAUUUUCCUCUGUUGACCGAAAAAGACAAGGCUCCAGUAAACGUUAAAAUAACUGAAAAACUAUUCACUACUGAAAGAUGGAAAAUACCUGAAUUAAUGGCACUAAAAGAAUCAAUAAACACGACUCGUAAUCGUUUGAAUGAAAAAGACAUAAAAGUGUGGCAUGAACACACACGAAAAACUAAUAUGACCGGUCAAGUUGCAUUUACUCUUCGUAAACGUUUUAAUAUCGAAAUGUGUACGAACGCAUGGAUUAAAAUGACCGAACUACUAGUUCGAUAUCGACUCAUACCUAUUAAUUUACCGGAGAAAUACUUCCGCUCCAUUCAUCUAUGUGAAGCACCAGGUGCGUUCAUCUGUGCCACGAAUCAUAAACUUCGUCAACAACAUGGUAGCUGGGGCAUAGGCAGAGUUGCACCAGAAUUCAAAUGGGAAUGGACCGGGCUCUCUCUGAAUCCCUACUACGAGGGAAAUGACGCAGCCGCAAUGGUAGACGAUGAUCGUUUCAUCGUCGAAACGUAUAAAUCAUGGUUUUUUGGCGUAGACAACAGUGGUAAUAUCUUGGAUCAGGAGAAUAUUCGCUGUUUAUGGUGUGAGAAGAAAGCGUCACUGGUAACUGCCGACGGUUCGGUUGAUGCUUCGGGCGAUCCGAACGAGCAAGAAUCGAUAGUCAGCGAACUUCACUACGCUGAAGCUGUGACAGCUAUGGGUAUACUGGAGAAAGGCGGUUCAUUAGUUCUCAAAAUGUUUAAUGUUUUCGAAUGUGAAACUGUCUGUCUACUCUACAUUCUAGCUGUUCAUUUCAAAGAACUCUCGAUAUCGAAACCAGCGACAUCGAAAGCGGGCAACGCUGAGACCUACGUUGUUGCACGCGGCUUUAAUGGUAUAUCGAGUGAACUACUGAAACACCUACUCAGCUUCGUGUCACCCGUAUUUCCGCCAAACGUGGCAAUGUUGCCACUAGAGUCAAUAAAAGAGGAUAAAUAUUUUCUCAGUGCAAUGAUCGAAUGUGCAACUAAAUUCACCAAUUGGCAAAAACAGGCGAUCGAAAGAAACCUGGAGUUAGAAGAUUUGUGGAACUCGAAUGUGGCUACGGCAGUGUCAAAUCAGGUUCGUGACGUGACUGAGGCCUAUAUAUCACAAUAUCAUAUCAAAGAAAUUCAUCGAAAUGAUAGAAUUGUAACGUGGCUAGAACUCGAUGGUUCAGCUAAAAAUCUCGGUAACAGUGCAUCGUUGGCUCGUGGUGGACUUCAGCAACGGACAGGCGGCACACUUAAGAACAGAAGAGAGAAAAAACGCAAACGAGAAGAAUUUGUGGUGGGGGAUAAGGAUACGAGCGAGCCUGAAACGAAAAAAGUAAAUUUAGGACAGGGAAGCAGUGUAGUUUAUGGACGACAAGAUAUACCAGAAACUGUGUCCAGGUUGCCUUUACGUUCAAAUACUACGAUUGAGGUAUCGAGUUCCUCAGACUCAAUGUCGAUCGGUAUGAGAUUGAUGAAAAAAGCUGGGUAUAAAGAGGGUCAGGGUUUAGGGGCGUCAGAGCAAGGUCGAGUUAAUCCUAUUGAGGUUUUUCAACGAGAAGGUAAUGCAGGCUUAGGCCAUCAUAGAGCGGCCAUUGACGAUAGUGAUGACGACGAUAACAGCAUGCCCACAGUGCCCGAUGAACCCUUUUUUGAUGAAAAUAAACUGCCGCCAUCGAUUUCAUAUUCUCAACUUCCGAUUAACAAGAAUUGUGUGUUGGUCGGACAUAAAAUCAAACAUGUUAUCUCAUCGCUUUUUGUGCGUCCUGAUAAAUUUCAAAAGUUGUAUCAAACACGCGAAGUAAUUCAUAGCUUACUGGUUAAAACAGACUCAUUUAAGUCAUAUUCCAGACAGUUAUUUUUAAGUGAUUCCCUCGACAGUAUUCCGUUCGAUACUCGUUUUCAAUAUCCCGAGACAGCUUUGCAAUUAUCAUCACUCGAUAAAAAGUUUAAUAUUCUUCCUUGUGAUACCCUGCGACAACAGCUACCGUUCCUUGUCGUGUCUAAUAAAGAUCAAGGUUUCGUGGAAUAUAUUUCAUGGCAGCAGCGCGAUUUGUUGAAAGGACAAGCCUUUGUUCCUUCUUCCUCCUUAUCUUCCAACAGUAUCAUCUCCUAUCAUUUAUUUACUGAGUUUUUUACUGUCGAUCAACCGGUUCGAGAAAAAGUGUCUCUCAUCGUCGCUGAUAUUUCGGCGUCUCCUGAUGUAGCCUUGAAAUCGCGAUAUGUUGAAUAUGAAAUGAAACUUCAACUUACUCAAUUAUGUCGACAUGCCCUCAAAUGUCUGACUGAAAACGGUCAUUUCGUGUGUAAAGUAUCCGACGUAUUUACUCGAUUUACGGCCGGUGUUAUUUAUCUUCUCUAUAAAUCAUUCAAAAAUAUUCAGAUUUGGAAAUCGUUUACAUUGAACCCAGCUUUGCCCGAUCGUUUCCUCGUUUGUCAAGGCUAUUUGCCUAUUCGAUCGACCGGUUUCAUUGAACAUUUGGAUUAUGUUACUGCUCAGCUGACAGUGAACAGAAGUGAUGUACUAGAAAUUGUGCCAAUUAACUGUCUGUUGGAAAGAGAAUUUCAGAUCUACUUGGCUGAUUCUGCUCUGUAUCUCGUUCAACAAGAAACUCAAGCAUUGAAGAAAUUAUUGUGGUGUCAUAGAAAUGAGAAGCUGUCGUCCAUGAGUAUUAAGAAGCAUUUGAUAGAAGCCGCUAACCUUUUAAAUAAUACGCGGAGAAAAGUGAUUGUCAUUGAGCCCGAUGAGGGGCUGAAAUUACCCAAAGGUUGGACGAAAAAUUUUAGCGAAUCCAAAAAGUUGUGGUACUUUUUUAAUACGGAAACAGGACAGUCAAUUUGGGAACAGGACUGGAAAGGGGGGACAAGUUAG